AUGAUUCACACGAUCGUGCAGUGUCUACUGUUUUUGUUCAUCAUUUAUUGCUACCGCUUUUGGCGCAAUCGGCGCACCUGGCAGUUGUUAGGCCAGUUACCCGGGCCACCGACAGUUCCUUUGAUUGGUUCGAUGUACAUCCUGCCUGGUACAGAUACUUCUUUGUACUUUCGGCUGCUACAAGAACUGUCCACUACCCACGGAUCGCUCUAUCGUAUUUGGCUCGGUCCGAAACCGGUGGUCAUCGUAACCAGUGCUGAACAUGCGCGCACCAUUCUUUCUUCAGCUGCCACAAUGGCAAAGGCAAGCAUAUACCGGUUCAUACCGUUGCAUGGCAUCUUCUCCUUACCGGUGCAACAAUGGCGCUUGCACCGGAAGUUGAUCCAGCCCAGCUUCAAAUUGUCCAUCUUGCAAAGUUUCGUGCCACUGUUUGAACAGAAGGCAAACCUAAUGGUUCGCAAUCUGGCUACAAAAGAGGGCAAGCCUGAAGCAUUCGAUAUCUACCGUUUCAUGGCGCGUUGCACUCUGGAUAUGAUUUGCGCUACUAGCCUCGGAAUGGAUAUGCAUUUUCAGGAGAUGUCGUCUUGCAGUUACUUGGAGAUUUUGGAAGAGCUAUUUGAGCUCGUUACAGUCCGCGCGGUCAAUGUCUUCCUCCAUGCCGAUUGGCUCUACCGCUGGACGCCUGUGUAUACGGCAGAGACGAAGGCAUUGAAAGAGUUUCGUCGUCCAGCGAGCGAAAUCUUAACAGAGAAAUCCUCUGACGAAGGACACGAUAACAUCGAGGAACCGCAGCGAUCAUCUUUCAAAAGCUUGUUGGAGCAGCUGUACCGUACGAUGAGAAAGAAUGGAAAUGCGGAUCUGGAAGCGAUCGAAAAUGAAGUCAAUACUAUGAUCUUUGCUGGUACCGAAACAAGUGCAUCAACCGUGGCCAACACACUUCUUCUACUCGCCAUGCAUCCUUCCAUACAGGAACAGGUUGUAGCCGAGAUUCGACAACAUUUUGGAGACGAUGUAGUGGACAUUACUUACGAGACACUCCAAGAGCUCGUUUACCUUGAAAUGGUACUAAAGGAGUCGCUUCGAUUACUACCGAUCGCGUUGGUCGUUGCGCGCAAAACAACACAAGAACUCGCUCUGGGCAAGCACAUGCUGCCAGCGGAUAUUGAUGUUAUCAUCGACAUUUACAACAUACACCGAAAUCCCACCUACUGGGGAGCAGAUGUCGAUCAAUUCCGUCCAGAACGGUUUAGUGGGAACGAUUACAAUCGCAUGGCGUUUUUGGCUUUCAGUACUGGCUCAAGAAAUUGCAUCGGUAUGCGGUACGCCUGGAUUUCGAUGAAAAUAAUGCUUAUCAAAAUUCUGGCUGCCUACCGGCUGGAGACAGACUUGCAGUUGAAAGAUUUGAACAUGAAAAUUGCGCUCACGAUGAAAAUCUCCAAUGGACAUAUGGUCCGAUUAAGGCGUAGGUAA